AUGGCAGCCGCAAGAGUUCUGAUCGGAAUACCUGAACUACUGCGGGAGAUUGCAUCCCACAUAUAUGCGCCGGCGUCUUUGAGUCAGCUCUGCUUAGUUGAUCAUGCCUUCAGAGAUGCCUUUACACCUCAGCUUUAUCGCUGCCUGAGAUGGGACGAGAGGAACAUCAAGUUUAUCACCAAUCCCGACCGGCGUCGCGACCUACUUACGGAUAACAAGUUGUCCCACACUAAGGUUUUGAUCAUCACCCGGUCUGGGGUGGAAGCGCUACACUCUGCUUGGAAAAGUGAGAAUCCACGCAAGGAAGUGCGUUGGAGGCACUCGGACCAUUACCACUACACUGGCCUGGAGGUGAUAUGGACACUGCUGAACGAUGCAAUUGUCCAAGUCUGUCAGCAUGCCCGUGGGCUACAAACCUUUGCUUCCCAGGACAUGGCGAUAUGUCGUGACACUGCGGCUGCCCUGUCUUCUCUUAUCCCGUCACUGCAGAAUAUCUCGAUCGAAUUCCACAAAGAUGAUGGACAAAUCUUGAAUGUCGACACGGACGCCACAGAGCAAUCGCUAGACCAAUUCGAUCAUCCAGAAGAGCAAUUCACAUUUGUCGGCUUGCGAAAACUAUCACUAUUAGUGAUUCCCGGGGAUGUCAGAUCCUGGGCGAGUCAAAUCCUCCAAAUUCUCCUAAAAUCUCCGGACCUCGAAUUCCUCGCACUAUCAUUGUCUUUGGAUGCAGCAUUAUCUUUAGAAUAUGAGCCCGUCUUCGGGGACGAACUUGGAACCCCUCGAGCAGGACUCCCUGAUUUGUCGCCUACGAAUGACAUGUUCCAAUGGCUGAGUCGAGAGUAUGCAAACGCCACCGGCCAUGCAUUACAGUUCAACUCGACCCAAUUCCACUGGGGGACCAGGAUUCCCAAUGCCAUCGUGGCAGAAGGUUGGGCCAAUCCUAACGGAGUGGACAUGGUCUACAUCUGGAAGGAGGACAAUGGCCCGUUUCUCAAAGGCCUAAAGGCUUUUCCUUCCAAGUGGUCCGACAUCGGACCCCAACUUCAACUGCGAGUGGCAGGCGGGCCGUAA